UUUAUGAAGUGAGGUUUAAAGGAGCAGCCAUGGGGGACUUUUCUCCACACCUUUAACACCAAAUCCUUAUUCAAACUCCACAGCAUCUACCAUGUCUUCCUCGAAUUCCCCUCAAACCCGUGAACCCAAACCCGAAUCGCAUGCCCUAACUCAAGAGUCCUCGGAUCCACGAUCCGAUACAAAUACGUCACAAACUCUACAAAAUACAGAAGAAAGAGGCGCCCUUUUGGAAAAACAUUCAGUAGAAUCAAUUACAGGACCCAAUGGUGGCGAAGAAGAGGAGGAGGAGGGUGAAUGUGGGUUUUGCUUAUUUAUGAAAGGGGGUGGCUGUAAAGACACGUUUAUAGAGUGGGAAAAGUGCGUGGAAGAAAGAGAGAAGAACAAAGAGGAUAUUGUGGAAAAAUGUUUUCAGGCUACCGCUGCUUUGAAAAAGUGUAUGGAAGCUCAUUCUGAUUAUUAUGCGCCAAUUUUGCAGGCUGAGAAGGUAGCUGAGGAGGAGGCUGUGAAGGAAUUGGAAAAGGAAAAAGAAAGGUUAAAUAGCCAAGGGGACGGUGAAAAAUUGGGAUCAGAUGAGAAGGAGGAAACAUUGAAAGGUUCUCAGCAAAAGAAAGAAUCUUGAAUUGAGGGUUUUGGAGAUGCUGUUUUAGUUUAUAAUUUUUAACUUUUACGGAUUGAAUGUUGGGGCUGUUAGGAGAAUUUACUUGAGAUUGAUCUUGCCUCACUCUGCGGAGAAUUAUGCAUGGUAGAAAUCAUUUUUAUUUUGUGCA